GCGCGCUCGCAGAUUCUCGCUCUCGCCUGCCCUCCCGCUCCCUUGCUUGCUCGCGCUUUCGUUCGCGCUCUCCUCGCGGAUCGAGGGAGUCUCUGGCCAUAGUGUGCGGCUGGCAAGAGGCGGCUGCUGGCUGCUGCGGUGGUAGUGGUGGUGGGAAGAUGUCGGGCGAGGACGAGCAGCAAGAGCAAACUAUCGCCGAGGACCUGGUCGUGACCAAGUAUAAGAUGGGGGGCGACAUCGCCAAUCGGGUUCUUCGGUCUUUGGUGGAAGCUUCCAGCUCAGGUGUGUCAGUACUGAGCCUGUGUGAAAAAGGUGAUGCCAUGAUUAUGGAAGAGACAGGGAAAAUCUUCAAGAAAGAAAAGGAAAUGAAAAAAGGUAUUGCCUUUCCUACCAGCAUUUCAGUAAAUAACUGUGUAUGUCACUUUUCCCCUUUGAAGAGCGACCAGGAUUACAUUCUCAAGGGAGGUGAUUUGGUAAAAAUUGACCUUGGAGUCCAUGUGGAUGGCUUCAUUGCUAAUGUGGCCCACACUUUUGUGGUUGAUGUAGCGAAGGGAACCCCAGUUACAGGGCGGAAAGCAGAUGUCAUUAAAGCCGCUCACCUUUGUGCUGAGGCUGCCCUACGCUUGGUCAAGCCUGGAAACCAGAACACACAAGUGACAGAAGCCUGGAAUAAAGUUGCCCACUCAUUUAAGUGCACACCAAUAGAAGGUAUGCUGUCACACCAAUUGAAGCAGCAUGUCAUCGAUGGAGAAAAAACCAUUAUCCAAAAUCCAACAGACCAGCAAAAGAAGGACCAUGAAAAGGCUGAAUUUGAAGUACACGAGGUAUAUGCUGUGGAUGUUCUUGUCAGCUCAGGAGAAGGAAAGGCCAAAGAUGCAGGGCAGAGAACUACCAUUUAUAAACGAGAUCCGUCCAAACAAUAUGGCCUGAAAAUGAAAACUUCUCGUGCCUUCUUCAGUGAGGUGGAAAGACGUUUUGAUGCCAUGCCAUUUACUUUAAGAGCAUUUGACGAUGAAAAGAAGGCCCGGAUGGGUGUGGUGGAAUGCGCCAAGCAUGAACUACUACAGCCAUUUAAUGUUCUCUAUGAGAAGGAGGGUGAGUUCGUUGCCCAGUUUAAAUUUACUGUUCUGCUCAUGCCCAAUGGCCCCAUGAGGAUAACCAGUGGGCCCUUUGAACCUGACCUCUACAAGUCUGACCUGGAAGUCCAGGAUAAGGAGCUGAAGGCCCUCCUUCAGAGUUCUGCAAGCCGGAAAACUCAGAAAAAGAAAAAAAAGAAGGCCUCCAAGACUGCAGAGAAUGCCACCAGUGGGGAAACUUUAGAAGGGAAUAAAGCUGGGGACUGAGGUGGGUCACUCUCCGUGGCUUGCUGCUCCUGCCUCAUCCCUUUCCCACUACACCCCAGGCUCUGAAGUGCAGAUCGUCUUCUCCAUCCUGGACCACCAGCAGAGCGGGGUCUCCCUGCCCCCAUCCCAAUCCCCCAACCCACCCCUUUCCAACAACAGCCAGCUCCAACUGACUCUGGUUUUGGGAAGCUAGACUUCCCAACCACUGAAGACUACUUUAAAUAGAAAAAAAAAGAAAUAGAAUAAUAAAAUCAGGAGUCAAAA